AUGGAAAUGACUACAACAAAAGUACAAAAUGACACCAAAUAUCCGGUUUAUAUUGUACUGGGCUCUGGAGGACACACCGCCGAGAUGUGCACCAUAAAUAUGGCGCUACUGAGUUCCUCUAGAGGCAAGGAGAUUUACAACCCACUCCGCUAUAUUAUAGCCAACGACGACAUCACUUCACGGAGCAGAAUAACCAGUGCCAUGCAAAAGGUUGGCGUUGCACUAGAUGAUACAUCGUUUAUUUAUGUACCACGUAGUCGCAAGGUGGGGCAGAGCUACUUUAGUAGUGUGUUUACAACACUUUGGGCAUUAUUGUGGAGCUGCUGGCUUGUGUGGCGUGAUCAACCCAAGUUAUUGCUUUGCAACGGUCCUGGAACUUGUGUACCCUUUUGUUUAGCAACUUCUAUAUGUAGACGUAUUGGACGCUUGCCAAACACAACUAGAAUCGUAUUUGUGGAGAGUUGGUGCAGAGUACGUACACUUUCACUUAGCGGAAAACUGAUGCGCCCUAUGCUUGACUUAUUAGUGGUUCAAUGGCCGGCACUAGCGGAAAAAUAUAAAAACGCUUACAAUGUGAAAUACUUCGGAAAAAUUAUGUGAACAAGUAUAAUUUAUUAUGUGAAAAGCAAGGCCUAGAAGCUUUGAUGUUGCCAUCUAUGUAAUCAAGAAUAACUUUAGCAUACCAAGUAACGAAAUCACUUUGUAAAUUUUGUAAAAAAAAAUAAUAAAUACAUAAAAUUUAACUAAACUACGGAGAGAGGCAAUCAUCAAGGUGAUCAUUGAUCGUGGUUUGUUCAACCUCUUGCCCGCAAUUGGGACACUGAAUUGUA